GCCACGCCGCCGUCGCUGGUACAUUCCUUGCUCCCGGCUGAGGAGCGCUUGGGCUGUCUGCGGACCCCGCCGGGUGCAGGGGUCGCGGCCGGCUGGAGCUGUGAGUGAGGCGGCAGAGGAGCCAGGUGAGGAGGAGGCAGGCGAGCAGGACCCUGUGCAGGGCGCGGAGUCACGCAGGCUCGAGGAAGGCAGUUGGUGGGAAGUCCAGCCUGGGUGCCUGAGAGCUGUGGGAAGGAGAUGCGGCUGCUGUUGGCCCUGUUGGGGUUCCUGCUGAGUGUGCCUGGGCCUCCAGUCUUGUCCUUGGAGGCCUCUGAGGAAGUGGAGCUGGAGCCCUGCCUGGCUCCCAGCAUGGAGCAGCAAGAGCAGGAGCUGACAGUAGCCCUUGGGCAGGCUGUGCGGCUGUGCUGUGGGCGGGCUGAGCGUGGUGGCCACUGGUACAAAGAGGGCAGUCGCCUGGCACCUGCUGGCCGUGUACGGGGCUGGAGGGGCCGCCUAGAGAUUGCCAGCUUCCUACCUGAGGAUGCUGGCCGCUACCUCUGCCUGGCACGAGGCUCCGUGAUCGUCCUGCAAAAUCUCACCUUGAUUAUAGAUGACUCCUUGACCUCCAGCAACGAUGAUGAGGACCCCAAGUCCCAUAGGGACUCCUCAUAUGGGCACAUUUACCCCCAGCAAGCACCCUACUGGACACACCCCCAGCGCAUGGAGAAGAAACUGCAUGCAGUACCGGCUGGGAACACCGUCAAGUUCCGCUGUCCAGCUGCAGGCAACCCCACGCCCACCAUCCGCUGGCUUAAGGAUGGACAGGCCUUUCAUGGGGAGAACCGCAUUGGAGGCAUUCGGCUGCGCCACCAGCACUGGAGUCUUGUGAUGGAGAGCGUGGUGCCCUCGGACCGCGGCACAUACACCUGCCUGGUGGAGAACGCUGUGGGCAGCAUCCGCUAUAACUACCUGCUGGAUGUGCUGGAGCGGUCCCCGCACCGGCCCAUCCUGCAGGCUGGGCUCCCGGCCAACACCACAGCCGUGGUGGGCAGUGACGUGGAGCUGCUGUGCAAGGUGUACAGCGAUGCCCAGCCCCACAUCCAGUGGCUGAAGCACAUCGUCAUCAACGGCAGCAGCUUCGGGGCCGACGGCUUCCCCUAUGUGCAAGUCCUAAAGACUGCAGACAUCAAUAGCUCAGAGGUGGAGGUCCUGUACCUGCGGAACGUGUCAGCCGAGGAUGCAGGCGAGUACACCUGCCUCGCAGGCAAUUCUAUCGGCCUCUCCUACCAGUCUGCCUGGCUCACGGUGCUGUCAGAGGAGGACCUCACAUGGACCACAGCAACGCCCGAGGCCAGGUAUACGGAUGUCAUCCUGUACGCGUCGGGCUCCCUGGCCUUGGCUGUGCUCCUGCUGCUGGCCGGGCUGUAUCGAGGGCAGGCGCUCCACGGCCGGCACCCCCGCCCGCCCGCCACUGUGCAGAAGCUCUCCCGCUUCCCUCUGGCCCGACAGUUCUCCCUGGAGUCAGGCUCUUCCGGCAAGUCAAGCUCAUCCCUGGUGCGAGGCGUACGUCUCUCCUCCAGCGGCCCCGCCUUGCUCGCCGGCCUCGUGAGUCUAGACCUACCUCUCGACCCACUGUGGGAGUUCCCCCGGGACAGGCUGGUGCUUGGGAAGCCCCUGGGCGAGGGCUGCUUUGGGCAGGUAGUACGUGCAGAGGCCUUUGGCAUGCACCCUGCCCGGCCUGACCAAGCCAGUACUGUGGCCGUCAAGAUGCUCAAAGACAAUGCCUCUGACAAGGACCUGGCUGACCUGGUCUCGGAGAUGGAGGUGAUGAAGCUGAUUGGCCGACACAAGAACAUCAUCAACCUGCUGGGUGUCUGCACCCAGGAAGGGCCCCUGUAUGUCAUCGUGGAGUGUGCUGCCAAGGGAAACCUGCGGGAGUUCCUGCGGGCCCGGCGCCCCCCAGGCCCCGACCUCAGCCCUGACGGUCUUCGGAGCAGUGAGGGGCCGCUCUCCUUCCCAGUCCUGGUCUCCUGCGCCUACCAGGUGGCCCGAGGCAUGCAGUAUCUGGAGUCCCGGAAGUGUAUCCACCGGGACCUGGCUGCCCGCAAUGUGCUGGUGACGGAGGACAAUGUGAUGAAGAUAGCUGACUUUGGGCUGGCCCGUGGCAUCCACCACAUUGACUACUAUAAGAAAACCAGCAACGGCCGCCUGCCUGUCAAAUGGAUGGCGCCCGAGGCCUUGUUUGACCGAGUGUACACACACCAGAGUGACGUGUGGUCUUUUGGGGUCCUGCUGUGGGAGAUCUUCACCCUUGGGGGCUCCCCGUAUCCUGGCAUCCCGGUGGAGGAGCUGUUCUCACUGCUGCGGGAGGGACAUCGGAUGGACCGACCCCCACACUGCCCCCCAGAGCUGUACGGGCUGAUGCGUGAGUGCUGGCAUGCGGCACCCUCCCAGAGGCCCACCUUCAAGCAGCUGGUGGAGGCGCUGGACAAGGUCUUACUGGCCGUCUCUGAGGAGUACCUCGACCUCCGCCUGACUUUCGGACCCUAUUCCCCUGCUGGUGGGGACACCAGCAGCACCUGCUCCUCCAGCGACUCCGUCUUCAGCCAUGACCCCCUGCCAUUGGGAUCCAGCUCCUUCCCCUUUGGGUCUGGGGUGCAGACAUGAGCAAGGCUCAAGGCUGUGCAGGCACAUAGACUGGUGGCCUUGGGCCUUGGGGCUCAGCCACAGCCUGGCACAGUGCUUGACCUUGGCAGUACGGGUUCCCUGGCCCAGAGUGCUGUCCCAGGUCUCUGGUUCUGCUUUGGGUAGGUCCCUUCUUGGUCCUGGAGUUCGUAAAGGCUUCCUGCUCUGGCCUUGGGUUCCAACCUACAGCUCAACUCAAAUCUCAAGGCCGUGCCCUUGCCCUUGGAGCUGCAGUGCCUGUGUCCUGAUAGGCCGAAUGUCAGGGUUCUGCUCGGCCUCUUGGACCUUGGCGCUCAGCCUCCAUCUCGGGUUUGGCUGAGCCUGGCUGGAGAGCUGCUAUGCUAAAUCUCCUGCCUCCCAAUACCAGCAGGAGGUUCAGGGCCUCUGAACCCCCUUUCCCCACACCUCCCCCUGCUGCUGCUUGCCCCAGCAUCUUGAUGGGAGCAUUGGCCCCGGAGCCCAGAGGAGCUGGAAGCCUGCCCAAAACAGGAGCAAAUGGCGUUUUAUAAAUUAUUUUUUUGAAAUAAAGUUCUGUAUGCCUA